UUUUGGCAGUGACGACUUUACUUAAAACUUAUUCACUUGAGUCUUGACGAAACCCAAUUAUCCCUUUCCUCCCAUCCUCCUUCUUCCUUAUUAAUUUUUGUACGUCUCUUACGCGAUAACGAUAUGAACCUACCUAUACCUAUACCUAUACCUAUGUUUACGACGAGGUUGCGGACUGAUACGGACCCACGAGUAUGGUAUAUUUCAUUGUACUAUCGGGUCUUUUCGUUUUACUUUUUUCUUUUCCACCACUUUCUUCUUAAUGAUCUAAUUCUUUUUUUCUUUUUUUUUUCUUCUUCUUCUUAUAUUUUCGGUUCGGUUCAAAUUAUUUUGAGCGAGUCACGCGGGAAUAGUUGUCUGAGGAUGGUGAUGGGUUGGGUGUCGUGUAAUCCGUGCAAUCCGUGCAAAGAGAAUGAGACAAAUUCCAUCAAGCGGGGAGCGGGAGCGGGAGACAGGGUUUAAACGCAGAUUGUCGUUGUCUAGGACUAGAGCACAAACGAUGGGGGAGGGGGGAGAGACUCUUGAUACCACAAAACCAGAGAAACCAGAGAAAGA